CAUGUCGGAAGUGCAGCAACUUUAGCACGUUUCGCUCGUUCUUGCCGAAAUUUUGCCAAAUUACGUCGGAUUCUUAUUUUGAUUCAGCGAACCUAUCAACUAUUUUGAAUAUUCCUUAUUUGUGGACAAAUAUUUGGCGAUGUCAGGUAAAAACACGUUGUUUGGCUACUUCAAGAAGAUCGAGAAGCCGGUGACUCCAAAGUCUCAGUCAACUACACUGACGGAGGACCAGGAGAAAGAAAAGAAAGUUGAGCCCAAGAAUGAUGAAAACAGCCCUAAGAACGUGGAGAGCCUGCAAGGGAAGAAAUCAAGUAAAUCAGAUAGUUCCCCUGAGAGUGCCAAGAAGAAGCGGAAGGUUGAGGAAAAGCCAACGCAAAAAGGGCGGGAGAAACAGAAUGGCAACAAAAAAGACAAGAAAACACCUCAGCGGGCUGCAGGCAAAAAGUUCAAGCGUGUCGUAAUUGAAGACGACUCGUCUGAUGAGGAGUCGAAAGCAAAGAAGAAGAGAAAGGUUUCUGACGAUGAGGUCGAGGAAGACUGGAAACCCAACGAUGAAAGUGAGAGUGAAGAGGAAGAUGUAAGUGCCAGCAGUGCCUCUGAAAUUUCUUCCGAGGAGUCUGAGGAAGAGGAGGUUGUGGAAAAGAGCACUAAGAAGAGGAACACAGGUGGCGGCAAAAAAUCUGCACCGAAGAAGAAUUCACUCAAUUUGAACUCUUCCGUCAAGGAAGAAAAGAAAACUGGUGCUUCCCUUGGUGAGAAGGUCUGGGCCCACUUGAAGUAUGACUUCCUGAAACCGGACAAAAUCAGAGACGCUGACAAGAAGAGGCCCGAAGAUGAAGGAUACAACCCGCACAUCCUCUUUGUUCCUCCUGAUUUCAUGAAAAGUCAAACUCCUGCCAUGAGGCAGUGGUGGGAAAUCAAAUCCAAACACUUUGACUGUGUGAUUUUCAUCAAGCUGGGAAAAUUCUAUGAACUUUAUCACAUGGACGCAUCCAUUGGAGUCAACGAGCUGAAUCUCGUUUACAUGAAUCACCCUGAGGUUGCCCAUGCUGGAUUUCCUGAAGCAGCCUACGCUCGGUACGCUGGUGCUCUUGUGGAGAAAAGCUACAAAGUGGCUCGGGUGGAGCAAACUGAAAAUCCAGAAAUGAUGCAAGAGAGAUGCAAAACCAUUCGCAACCCCACUAAAUUUGACAAGGUGGUGAAGCGAGAGGUGUGCCAGGUUACAAGCAAAGGGUCCAGGAUGUAUUUGGCUAUUGAAGGUGACGCUGCAACUGAAGACCACCUUUAUCUAUACUCAAUUACAGAAGGAAGAUCCUCCAAUAACAAGCCAGUGUUUGGUGUGUGCUUUGUGGACACAUCGGUGGGAUGUUUCCACCUUGGGCAAUUUGAAGAUGAUCGAUAUGAGUCUCAGCUCAGGACACUCAUUGCAAUGUAUCCCCCAGCACAUGUUCUUUUGGACCGAAGCAAGGUGACUCCUGAAACAAAGCAUAUUUUGGAAACUGCUGCUCACACAGCCAUCAUCGAAAAUCUUGUACACAAGAACGAAUUUCUGAGCGCUUCGGAAUGCCUUGUCAAGCUUCACGAGAACAAGUACUUUGCAAAUGAUGAUGAUGGAAAUCCUCAGUGGCCAUCCGUGUUGGCUGAAAUGACCUGCUUCAAAGAUUUGAGAACUCCUGAGCCAGAAAAAGAACUUGCUUUGAGUGCAUUGGGUGGAUGCUUGUGGUACUUGAUUGACUCCAAGAUUGAUUUGCAACUCAUUUGCAUCAAAAACUUCAAUUUGUACAAACCCCAACUCUUUGAUGGUGUCGUCAAGAAAAAGAGUUUGAAGAAAUUGGCAGGCAACAUGGUCCUUGAUGCUACAACCAUGCAAAAUCUGGAUGUGGUGGAAUAUUCCGAGACUGGUGAGAAAGAGAAUAGUUUGUUGGGGAAACUGGAUAAUUGUUGCACUGCAUUUGGAAAACGUUUGCUGAGGCAGUGGCUUUGUUCGCCUUUGUGUUCAGUUAGUGCCAUUCAAAUGAGGCAGGAAGCAAUCUCAGCUUUGAUGAAAAUGCCGAGUGAAUGCGAAAAGGCUCGCAAAAUUCUCAAGGACCUUCCGGAUUUGGAACGCUCACUGACGAGGAUCUCAAUUUACGGAAAUGCCUUGACUGCAGCCAAUCACCCUGAAUCUCGAGCUAUUUUCUAUGAAGACUUCUCCAAGAAGAAAAUUGCAAACUUUCUCUUGCUGCUCAAGGGAUUUGAGAAAGCUCUCAAAAUGCUAGAGAUUUUCCAAAGUGACGAACUGCCGCAACUACUCAGGAGGCUGACCAGAACUGCUGGUUCUGAUCAGGAAGGUAGAUUCCCAGAGUACAAAGACCUUCUUGACUACUAUAAGGAUGCUUUUGAUGCUGACGAAGCCUUGAAGACGGGAAAAAUUGUGCCUCGGAAGGGAAAAGAUGCUGAAUUUGAAGAAUGUUGCCAGGCACUGAGAGAUGUUGAUGAUGAACUCAAGGAUCAUUUGCGAGUAGUCAAAUCAAAGCUCAGAUGCGAAGCCAAAUAUUUUGGUACCGACAGAAAGAGAUUCCAGAUUGAAAUUCCUGAAAAGGUGGUUGUUCCAAUGGAUUUUGAAUUGUCUUCAUCAAGGAAAGGCUUCAAGCGUUACUGGACUCCAGAAUCAAAGGAACUCUUGGUCAAAAUGCAAGCAGCUGAGAAUGCAAAGAAAAUAUUUUUACUGGACAUGAACAGACGAAUGUUUGCAAAGUUUGCCGACAAUGCUCAAAUUUGGAAAGCAGCUACUGAGUGUGUGGCUAUCCUGGACGUACUUUUGUCCCUGGCCCUGUAUGGAACAAGGGAGGAAACCUGCAUGCCUGCGUUUUAUGAACCCUCCGAAGAAAAAGCUCCCUUUGUUGACAUCAAAAAUGGCCGCCUGCCAACAACAAAACUGGUCGACUUCAUUCCCAAUGACUCGAUAAUUGGCGUCGACGGAGUUCAGUUACUUCUUCUCACAGGGCCUAACAUGGGCGGCAAAUCAACUUUGAUGAGGCAGUUUGGGCUCAUCGUCAUUAUGGCUCAGAUUGGCUGUCCAGUUCCUGCCGAAGAAUGCAGCUUGACUCCUGUGGACAGAAUUUUUACUCGAAUUGGAGCUCGGGACCACAUCUUGGCAGGAGAGAGUACAUUCUUUGUUGAAAUGAGUGAAACCUCGGCCAUUCUGAAACAUGCCACUGACAGGUCAAUUGUCCUGGUUGAUGAACUAGGUCGAGGAACAAGUACCUUUGAUGGAGCAGCCAUUGCUUCGGCCGUCUUGGAAGAUUUGGUGCAGAAGCAGUGUUUGACCAUUUUCUCAACUCAUUACCACUUCCUGGUCGAGGAGCACAUGAGCACUCCGAACAUCUCCUUAGUCCACAUGGCUUGCAUGGAGGAGGACGACGAUGAUGAGGAGAAAUCCGAGGCCAAGGUGGAGAAUGUGACUCUCUUGUACAAACUGAGUCCAGGCGCAUGUCCCAGUUCUUACGGCUUUAAUGCAGCUCGCUUGGCUGGUCUGCCUGAGCAAGUGGUUCUGCGGGCCAAGCAGCAGGCCCUGAAACUGCAAAGCCAUCCUAAGAAGAUGAAGGUGUUUAUGGAGCUGAUGGACCUAAAGAAGGACCAGGCUGAACGUCUCAAAGAGAUUGUUGUCCUCUUGAAAAAGGGGCUGAAAAUUUAAAGGGGAUCAUUUUUUGAUCUUUUUUUUGUCUACCUCUGAAAUCAAACUAUAAAAUCGCUUAGUAUUAAUAAAACUUAUCUUGCAGAUCACAAUUUGUCUUCAGUAUUUUCUGUAAAAACGUUUAUAUUCAGUUGAUAAUAAAAAUUGAAAAUUUAACUCAAAAUUCAAGUAAUAAUUUAUUUAAA